AUGUUGGCGUUACCUCAAUAUAGGGGCCAAUCAAACCCGGAUAAAUAUCUCACAAAGUUAUCUAGAAAUCUUAUUUCCCUUCUGUUGUGUAUCAUUCCAAAUACAAAAAUUGGCAUGCAAAAUGAACUAACUCAUCGUAAAAGACCCAAAAAUAUGUCGCCUUCAGAUGUCCGCCAGUAUCUGGAGAGCCUCCUUGUUCAAAACCACCAGUGUGAUGUUAAGGACGCGAAUGAUAUCGCGUCUUAUUGGGUGUAUGGCCGGGGAUCAGAAUUUUAUCAGUAUGAUUUAGAUACCUUUAAAGAUAUGUUUGGGGAUGAAAUAGGGAUGUUGUUCUUCUUGUAUUCGAGGGGUCUUACACCAGGUGGAAAGUUAAAAGGACGAUUUUGGAGAACAUUGUUUAUUUGUUUCGCCUAUUUCUAUGCUCUGUUCUUUUUAUGGGACUUUUUGAAGGUCCUUUUUCGAAGCUUGCAGUAA